AUGAAUAUUAAACUCUUGAUUAUAUUAAUCGUUUUGCUAUUUAAUGGUGGUAAGCAAUUUCGUGUGAAACCAUAGUUCUUACCAGCAAGGUCAAAGAAUGCUAAGCCAAAUGUGAUUCAUAAAUUAAUAUCUGCGUUUAUACAUGUGCUUAAUCUCAACUGAGAUAAUCGUUAGAAAGUUAAGACAAAUGCAAAAAAAUGUGUGAUACAGUAAACAAAGAAUGCAAGACUUCUAAAUGCUACUUAGAAAGUUGA